CAGCUCGGGACAAAUAUGGCGGCCUCCAUUAGGGUUAAGUUGCUGCCGUGCGGCCGAGCGCUGCGGCUGCACACCGCGGCCGAGGUCGCCGCUCCCGCGGCCGAGGUCGUCGCUCCCGCGGCCUCGGCGGCGCGGUACCCACCGAUAGUGGCCUCGCUGACGGCGAAGAGCCAGGCGGCCCGGCUGCGUCGGGUAGACCGGUGGCAUCAGAAGGCGCACAAUGCGCCCUCGGUGGAAGCGAAGCUGCGCGUGCUCACGAAGCUGCAGCGCCUCAAGUACGUCGUGUACCCGCAGACCUUCGCCCUCCAUGCCGACCGCUGGUACCAGAGCUUCACCAAGACCGCCUACCUGAAUGGUCUCCCCCUGCCCCGGCCCCCGGCCCCCGGCGAGCCCGGCGGCCCGCCCGACCUGGCCCCGCUGCGCUCGGCCGUGUGCGACUGCCUCCUGCAGGAACACUUCCACCUGAAGCGCAAGAAGCGCGCCCCGCUCUACCAGCAGCAGGAGUUCGUAGCCUCGCCCUUCCUUCAUCAGCUCGUAACCUCCCUGACCGGGCUGCUGACUCCCCACAACCCCAGCCUGGCCGCUGCUGCCCUAGAUUUUAAACGUCCAGUUCACUUUUAUUGGUGGUGUGGUGAAGAAAUUAUUCCAAAAGGUCAUCGUCGAGGUAGAGUUGAUGCAUUACGAUACCAAAUAGAUGAUAAACCACAUAGCCAGAUUCGUAUACCGAAACAACUUUCAGAGUUCGUGCCAUUAGAUUACUCUGUUCCAGUAGAAAUUCCUGUUUUGAAUUGUAAACCAGACAAACUUCCAUUAUUCAAACGACAGUAUGAAAAUAACAUAUUUAUAGGGACAAGAUUAGCAGAUCCGUGCUGUUAUGGCCACACUCAAUUCCAUUUGUUACCUGACAAAAUAAGAAGGGAGAGACUCUUGAAGGACAAUCGUUCUGAUCAGAUAGAAGUUGGUUAUCGAGCCAAUGCCAUUGCCAGUCUUUUUGCUUGGACUGGCGCACAAGCUAUGUAUCAAGGAUUCUGGAGUGAAGCUGAUGUUACCCGUCCAUUUGUCUCCCAGGGCGUGGUCACAGAUGGAAAAUAUUUUGCCUUCUUUUGUUAUCAGUUAAAUACUUUGGCACUUACUGCACAGGCUAAUCAGAAUAACCCCCGAAAGAAUAUAUGUUGGGGGACAGAAAGCAGGCCUCUUUUUGAAGUUAUUGAAAAUGGUGAUGUUAAAGGCUUCAAUGAUGAACUUUUGCUUCAGUUGGUUCAGUUUCUAAUGAACAGACCAGAAGAAAACAGAUCAUAACUAUUAUAAAGACUUUUGAUAUACUUAGACUUCAUUGAAUGUAAAAUAAUUAUAAUGAAAAGACCUGGAAUAAAUUUUAGAACUAA